AUGGCUUCACAAAACUUGUCUCCGGGUGCUGGGAACGGCGGAGCGAGGAUCGGCCGGCCACCACUAUGGACUGAUUCCAAGUCCAGAAAGUUGGCGCGGCUUUACGUCUACACCACGCUCCCCGUAGAGAAGAUCAUCAAGGCUGUCUUUCCGGAUGACAGCGUCAAGUACGACUUCUACCCUUCCAGUCAUUCAGACUCCAUCUCCACCCUACAACAGAAGCUGAUAUGUGUCUCUAGAAAGAACUCGGCGCAGAAGACCAUGCACAAGAUGUUCGGCCAGGAUCCUCGAUCCCUACGGCCUGCUAAUCGCGCUGAGAUGAACAGCCGAUUCAAGCUCGUCCACAACCGCAGUCGCAAAGGGCGAAAGGGCAGCUCGCCGACGGAACAAGAGUUUGAGGAAGUAGUGUUGCCAGAGGAGAUGAAGACGGAGGAGGCGAACACGCCGGCAUACUUGAACACCGGCGGAUUCGACGACAGGGGCUUUAUGCGAAGCCCACAACAGGAAAGCAUCUACAGUAUGGGUUCCGAGCUGGCCUCUCCCAGUACUCUCGCGUCCCAGUCUCCCAUUGGCCCCCAUCAUUCCGUCUUCUCACCGGAUGUCUAUGCGCAUCCAUUUCAGGGCCCCUUCAGCCCCCCGUCCCGGAAUGACACCGUCUUCUCGUCGUCGACUGAGAUGAGCACAGACAGCGUCAGGAGCAUGAGAGAGCGUCUUGCUGUCACGACCAUCUUUGCCAAGCAGGUCACCGUCCUGAUGAAGAGGCUUACGAUCGGCGGGUCCGAGGAGCACCCUAUGCCGUCGCCACACCGCACCCCCUCCGACAUAGCCACCUCCCGCCGUGGACACCCAAGUCCUGUACCUCAUCCGGGCUUGGCCGUACCAGGAGACUUCCUCGUGGCACGGAGAUACGUGCAGCCAUGCCAGGUGGAGAGGCAUUUUGCGACUCAGCUCCAAGGAAGCAUGUGUGCUUGUUGGUGCACCAUUGCCGACGAUGUCUCGGACGACACACACGACAGCUUUUACAUGACGCGGGGCGAAGAAUGUUGCGAUGUCGCAGCUGGUAUCGUAAAGUCUGGCCAGGCCGCAGCCCGUUACGUCGACCAUUUUGGAAACACACCGCUGCACCUCUUUGCCGCCCUGGAGAGCCAGAAGGGAAUCGACACCACUUUUCAGCUCCUCCAAACCGGCCAGGCAGACCCGCUUGCAGUCAACCACGCUGGCCAGACCUUCCUUCAUGUGCUCAGUGCUGCGUGGUUCGUAAAGUCUGAUGAUAACAAUGUUCCAUUUUAUCGCCUCUUGAACCUGCUCUGGCGACCUGGCUUCAUCGACGCUGUUUUCAUCCGGGAUGUCUACGGACGAACCUUUUUCCACCAGCUCGGUCGUUUCACCGACAAUGUCCAGGACUUUGCCGAUGUUGCAAAACACUACCCUUCAGGCACCAUACCGAGGGACGCCUUCGGCAUUGUCCCUCCUACGCGCCUCGCUGCUGACCACCCAUUCUCUGCCCCACGUCAAGUAGGCACGACGCCGCUUUCACCUCUUGCCGAGGAGGAUGAUAUACACGAGUUCGCCACCAGGGACCAGAAGCUCCUCGACGUCGUCCAAGAGGCGUACAAGGACCCCAAAUACGAGGACCAAAACGGCCGCAACGGCCUCCACUGUCUGGCUGAGAUGAGGUUCGACACUCCGCCAUCCAGUACCCCGACGAGCCCAGUAGUAGACCAGCCGGCCGGCAACGGUAACAAGCGCAAACGAGGCAAGGACGCUGCUGAUAAGCCACGGGCCAUCGAACGCAGAGCAGACCUUCUCGAGGGCCUGCUGACGCCGGUAACUAAUGUGCCCGUGCCGGACGUGAACCACUACGAUAAGCAAGGCCUCACGGUGCUCAUGGCUUUUGCCAUAUCCCUCUCCGACGACCAGGACAAACAGGGUCAGCACAUCGGCAAGAUCAUCGACUUCCUCCUGGACCGCGGCGCGAACAUUGAGGCGCGCAACCGCCGUGGAGAGACGGCCCUGCUCAUGGCCACCCGCUACGGAAAUAAGCACGUCGUGAGCAAGCUGCUGGAGAGGGGUGCCAACAUCCAUGCGCGGGACAUCAAGGGACAAGGCAUCAUGGGGGUUCUCGACAUGCGCAUUGCGCAAUCUUCAAGUCAUCUCCAGUCGUAUGGCCGUCUGGAGGCCGUCAGGGGCAUGUUGGCUAAGAAAUUCGAGGAGACUGGGGCCGAGGACGACCCGUCUCUUUGGCAUGAGUGGGGAGGUCAGGCGCGGGGGCCGCAUAUACAACUCACCACCCAACAAGCAAAAUAAGUAAGCGAGGGGGUAUAUCGGGCUUACUGCUCGCGAUCCUCUCAAGGUGAAGAAGAGGCGAAAGGCAAGAUUGCUUUUCGCUCGUGAUGAGCUUAUGGAUGAGAGAUGCUUUGGGACUCGGUGGAAUCUCACGUUAUUGCAAGAGACAUUUGGAUACCCCCUUCUAUGAUCACUGGACUGGCGUUUUGUCAAAGUUUCCCUUCUUUUCCCCUUUUCCUCCUUCCCUUUCUUGAAAAUCAGGGGAUUGGUUUCAUCAUGUGUUGGGUUCCAUUGUUUAUCAUGUAUUACUACUAGCUUAGGCCUCCGUGAAAACAUUUACGAUUUGUACUGGUCGGUCCCAUAUUACCUAUUGGAACUAGCACAUAGUCUCAAAUAUGUCGUCCCAUUGCAGUCGGUGACGAAGCAGUAAUCGAUCUUUCUCGCC